AUGGCUAAAGGAAUCUUGUCCACCAAAUCGCGCGCACCGCAGUCCGCAACGGCUAUCUCUAGCCCUGUCUUUGAUCGUUCAGAUGCGCAACCGCGAAAUGAUCUUCAAGAUCUGAACAAUGGAUCGACUAAGAAUCGUCCCGCGAAUCAGGCGCAAUGGGAUUUCCAGCGCCCAAGGACUUCAGAAGGUCGCCAGCCAACCAAAAAGUCGCAGCCCAACGGUUCAGGGUUCGAUUUUCGCAUCGAUGUGCCUCCUGCCGAGGCUGUGCCAUCCCCAGUAGAGUCUGAACAAGGGCAUGGAGAUAACAUGAUUGGCAUUGCGUUGGGUAGCCCUCGGAUGGUGGAGUCGCAGAACGUGAUGUCACAGAUGCAAGAAAAGGCCAUCAACGCCGCGGCGGACACGAAGCGAGCGCCACCAAUUCAACGGAAGCCAAGUAAAUGGAAGAAGAUUGGAGGUCUAUUCAGAGCAAAGAGCGCCAUGACUCCUCCUGCAAACCAGCCUUUUUAUCAGGUCCGCUCCGACAACGAAUGGCCCCUGCAGGGCUCGUCCCACUCGAUUGACUACCAGGCUCAGCAAAAACCCGAAUCUCAGGCUAAACCCCUCUCAAACACGGAGGUUUGGCCAUGUUUAGACCCCGAGUCCAGACCUGAGACCAAAACAAAGGAAAAGAGCCCGCAGAAGACCAAAGGAAACCGGGAUGGGCCUCAGACUAGCCCUAAGAGCAGUCCCAAGAAGAAAUCCGAGAACAGUGCCCCGAACACCAACCAAAAUGCCGACCAAAAGAAACCCAGCCCCGGACCGCUGUUGCAGGUCGAAAUACCUGAUGUCCAGAUGGAAAGAUACAGCGUUAUGUUUGGGGGCUUGUUAGGAAAGGGUCAGCCCGACCCGUCGAAUCGCCAAAGCAAGACAAUGGAGGAUCUGGAGAUUCGAACGGCUCAGGAUCCACCUGCUUCUCCAGAGUUUCCCCCGCCUCCCCGACGGGCAACGUCACCAACACGCUCGAAAUCUCCUAGCUUCACUCUGUUUCCGUCUACCCAAGUCAGCAAAGCCUCCAAAGUCCUGGGAUCCCAGAACCUACCUCGAGGACCGAGUCCUCUCCACCGGAGCCAAACGUCAGUGGCCGAAACACGUCGAGGUAGCUCGGCAACUGAGCAAGAUCACGUUCUGCUUAUGGUACACAGCCCUGCAGCAAAACCUUCGUCGCAUGGUCCUAAAGACUCUGUGUCGUCGUUCUUAUCAUCUACGUCUAUUGGUUCAGAUGAUGAAACAUUUAUGCUGCAAAGGCUCAAGUCUAUCAGAAGCUACGUGGAUCCAAAGGGGGAACCAGAAUGGGAGAUCAUCAACAAGAAAUCACCCACGAACGAUUCGAGGCCGAAACUGGCCCAGGCACUUACCAUUAACACCCAAGAGUUGCCGCCUGCCGAGCCGGCGGACAACGAUUCGGCAUCGUCAUCCCCGAUCCUAACGCCUCUCAACGCGGCUCGCGACCCAGGCUGCCGAAUCAUCUCCCCGUCCGGAAGCAAGCCGGCCCUCUCGCCGGCAGAAUCCGCUCGCAUGCCGCUCGCCGAUGACAACAAAGACUUUCACGCCACCGAAUCGUUCGAUCCAGAACCGAUGGACGCCAUCCCUACCGUCGAGGUCUCUAUCGCGAGAUCUGUGUCCGUGUCCAGGGGCAAGAAGCAAACGAUCGUGCCGAUCAAGCCUCGAUCGGAUCGAUUGACUCCCGAUGAGCGGUUGAUGGCUAGGAGAGCCAGAAUCCCUCAAGUCACGGAUGCUCAUUACGGCCAUCGUCACGGCAAUUCGCAAGAUGUGAGAAUUGAGAGUAUCUGA